ACUAGAACCUCUUUGCCUUUUCUUUUCCCUUAAGAAAAAAGGUUUAUAACCUAUUGGGGAAAAAAGGAAGACUCUAAUCAUACUUGGAUUCCAACAAAUGAAAGUGUUUUGUGUGUGUACAUUUUUGUCGUGUCUCAAAAAACAGUCUGAACAAUAACUCUCUAUUCUCUAGUCUUCUCUAGUCUUUUCUAAGCAAUUUUCAGAUCUCUAUCUAUUACAAAACCAACGGUCAUAUUCUCAGUCUUUUUAUUUUCUCAGUCUUAACUACCAAUUCUUCAUAUAUAUAUAUAUAACCGUUUCUUAAACGGCUAUUACCUCUUUAUUUACAUUUCGUUCCCUUUUACAAUUCCUGUAACCGAACAAAGAAAAUGUCUCCCAAAUUCUCAUUUUCUCUCCUUUUAUUCUCUCUACUCUCCACCCUCUGUGCUGCCCAAGGCGGCAGCAGCAGCGGCGGAGGGGGUACGGUUGAGUUGUGGUGUGUGGCAAAGAACAACGCAGAAGAUGCUGCACUUCAGUCGGCGAUUGAUUGGGCUUGUGGGCCUGGAGGUGCUAAUUGUGGGCCUAUACAGCCAGGUGGACCUUGCUAUGAUGCUUCCGACAUCCAGAAAACGGCGUCGUAUGCUUUCAAUGAUUACUUCAUUAGGCAUGGUAUGACUCAGGAUGCUUGUAAUUUCGAUAACGCCGCUGCUCUCAUUUCUAUAAAUCCCAGUCAUGGUGGAUGUAAAUUUCCAUCCAGCAAAAAUAGGAGUGGAAAUUUUAGUGGGUCAACGAAUGUGGGAUUAGGUCCGACUUCAGAAGAUUUGAGUACCAGCAGUUAUAUUCCCAGGAGGUGGAUAUAUAUCUUGAUGGCAAUCAAUUUGCUGUUUCCAAGUCUGCUGAUUUUGUGACAACGCAAGAAUCUAGUCUCAGUCCCACUGUAUGUAGUGUAGUGUAAACAGUUUUGUUGGGCAGCUCAAGAGCUGCUGCAGGUAUUUGAUGUUAGUUGCACGGGUUCUCCAAAAUCUUGAAGGCCAGAAUUGAAGAAAUAUCCUAAAAAUAUGUCUUCUUAUUUGUUAAUCAAGAUGUGGUAUGUAAUGCUAACUUUAGAAAUUGCAAUUAGAACUUUCUCCUUGAUUGCAAGUCUGAACCACCAUUGUAAAUCUGAGCAUUCAUCUUUAAAAUGAGUUGCUAGCUGUUCUACCUUUUGGUACUUAUCUGAGCUUGGAUUGGAUUCCGGGUGGACUUGUCAUUCCAGUUAUUUAGGGUCGUUUGGUAGGGUGUAUAAGAGUAGUACCGAAUAAUGUGUAUUUGUUUGGUAGGGCUGGGAUUAUUUCUUAUACAUGGUCUGGUUUGGUGUAAAAAUAACAUGCAUUGCA